AUCAGCUUUGUUUUCUGUGAGACGUGGCUUUGACGUUGGAGGAUUUUUUUCAUUCCAACAACAGCAGAACCUGUACUGGGUGUGUGGUUAAAAACAAAUAAAUAAGAAUGUAGAUGCUUGAGUAGCUUUGAAUGAGCAGAGUGAAGUCACGUGACGUGUCAAUCUUUUUCACAUCUAACCUGCUGCGACUUUAGGACCAGCAUUUAUAAGUCAAUAGUGAGAAUGAAAGUCAGUGCUGCAAAGUAGAGUCAUCGCAGAACGACUUAGAUACAGCAGGGAAAGUUACACAAUGUCCAAGCCAAUUCCCUUGCCAAGAGGAAAGAUUUUCAAUCCAGAAAAAACUAAGGAUGCAGAGGCACUAAAAUGUAGCUCUCCUCCUCAGUCUCCUACAACAUCUUCAAAGGGAGAUUUGGUCAGAUCAACUCCUCCACCAGUGCCACCAAAGAAAUUGAUUUUUAGAAAGAGUCCAGGAGGAGUUGACACUGUAAAUAGCAGGCUGGAAAUACUAAAGGUGGUGGCAAAACCUCCUCCACUGCCUGUAAAACCUCCAAAAGAACAGCCUGACGUCAUGCUGCCGACAUAUGUGGUGGUACAACCUACUCCGCUUCUGCAACAAACUUCGCAGGAACAGCCUGACGACAGAGACAAAAACCUGUUGAUGGCAAGACCUCCUUCACCGCCUGUAAGAUCUCCAAGAGAACCUCCUGAUGAAAACCUGGAUGACAACACUUUGUUAGAUUGGUGGUCGGAUGUGAUACCCUGGAAAUAUCUGUGCAAAGACCUCAAAUCUAGAGGGAAGAAAGAGAGAAAGAUUGUCAAACUUCAGGCUGAACACCUCUACAAAGCUGUUCAGGUUUACAUCCUCCUGCUGUCUCAACAUGGUAGCUUCCUGAAGGAACGUAAUACUGAGCUGCUCUGCAUUGCUGACAACUUAGACAAGGUUUCAAAGAAUACAAAGAUUGCUGGCAUCACAGGAGGGGCUACAACUGUAGCUGGAGGCGUAGCAGCAGCAGCCGGGGUGAUUCUGUCUCCGUUCACACUGGGAGUCUCUCUGGCCCUGACUGUCAUCGGGGUCGGCGUGGCUGCAGCCGGUGGUGUCACUGGUGCUUCAGCAGCCAUCGUCAACAAGGUGAAUGUCACUCAGGACAAGAAGAAAAUCGAAAAGACCUUCCAGGAAUACGAAAGCCGCAUGGAGGAUAUUCAGGGAUGCCUAAAGUUCAUCAAUGAGGGCAUGGAGGAGAUAAAGCAGCAUGAUCUGUCUUUCCUGAUUGAAGCCAUGAAGGAUUCUGUGAAAAUCGCCACGGUGAUACAGUUGGUCACUACAGGAGGAGGAAGUGCCAGGGCCUUAGAGGCUACCAGUAAGGCAUCUGGGGUGAUGAAAGGCUUUGCCCUUGGCAUUGGUAUCCACUUCACCAAAGAUAAGGAUGGUCAGAGGCUGAAGAGGGGCCAUGAGUCGAAGUUGGCGAAGAAAAUCCGCACACUUGCAGUGGAUGUCAGUGAGGCUUUGGAUGAGCUCAUGCAAAUGAAAGACAUGUUCAGUAAGCAUUUUAAUGGAGAGGAAAAGUGUGUUAACUUGUAGACCUUCGUCUACAAUCAUUUCAUCUUCAUACUUCUAUAUUUGCAUUAUUCUUUUGGGUUGUUUUAUUUUUUUUAAUCUUUGAUAUUUCGGGUUUUGUAUAACAAUGUGAUAUUUGUAGUAGAAAACAAAUGUAAACAGGGACCCGUCCCUAUCAAAGCACACCAUGCAUCAGAGUUAUGUGUCUAUUUUGUUUUUGUUCGUCUUCACUCUUAUUUUUUCUUUCCAACACUACAAUGUAAGGGAUUACAGAGCUAUAUAUUUAUACACUGACUAAUCAAAAUCAAAUGAAUUAGCAUAACUUAAACAGAUUUUUUUUUUAUUCUAUUAAUUUUGUAUUUAAGGGGACAUACAUUAUCUAUAUACAUCUACUAUCUAUUAGCCACCUGUUG